UCUUCAGUCCAAAGCUGCUCAGCCUGUUUUCCAUUCCAUUCCAGAAGGUGCUUCGGUGGAAACAGUCCACAGUGGAGUUCAGUGGAAGCAGUCAAGUGACACCUGUGUGCUUCUGAAGCCUGGUUCAGUUCAGUCCGAAGGACAUUAAACUACAACUCUGGACUUUGUGCAGGAAGAUGAAAGUGUCGGUGGUGGUUGUGAUCCUCAUCCAUGUUUCCCAGCAUGCACUGGCUGUGGUGGUGCAGGCGUAUGAGGGGAUGGAGUCGGUCCUGCUGCCCUACCAUUAUUCUGGCAUGUUCCCAGAGGUUCCUUUUUCACUGGUUUGGAGAUGCUCUGAUCUCAACCAAACAGUUCUUCAUCUGCUUAAAUACGAAAGGGGCAAUCUGAAAGAGCAAUACAGUUACAGUGAACGCACGUCAAUGAAGACCAACGCUCCGCAAUCGGGAGACUUCAGCCUCACUCUGAAGAAACCACAACUGUCUGACAGCAACAACUACACCUGUAACCUCCAAUGGGAAAACGAGUGGAAAGAGACUAAAGAAGACAGACUGACACAAGUAGAGCUGCAGGUCAAAGAUGACGAGGAGGAGGCGGAGGUCCAGCAGGGGGUGGAGUCUAUCCAGCUGCCUUGUAAAGCCUCAGCCGAUCUGCCUGAAGACACCACAGUGGAGUGGACUUACUUUGAUCCACAACCGGUGGUGGUCCAUGUGUCCCGGAAUAAAAUUGAUGAUCUUCAAACACAGGACAGGUCUUACCGUGACCGCACAGAGAUGAAUACAGACAUGAGUCUGUCUCUGAAAUACCCCACAGACAGAGACGGAGGUAUGUAUAUCUGCACCGUCUACAGGGAAGGAGACGUCCUGAGGUCUAAAGUCCUGCUCCAGGUGGUCCAAGAGGGUUUUCCAACCUGGGCCACAGCUCUCCUGGUUGUCUUUGCUGUUCUUCUUAUAAUCCUUCUAGGACUUUUAUAUAUUUUUCGAGGGUAUUUUCCAUCAGCCCAACUGGUGGAGGUGGAUUCAGGGGAGGAGUCUGCCCUGCUGCCAUAUAAAACUAUAGCUCACCUGACAAAGAACUCCAGACAUAUCAGCGUUAUGUGGAAGAAGGCAGACAGCAAUCAGCUCAUUGUGCAUAAGUACGGCUCUGGUGAACCUGAUAAACAGGACCAGAUUUACAGAAACAGAACAGAGAUGAAGAAACACUGGCUGAGAACUGGAGACUUCAGUUUAACCCUGAAACACCCAACGGCCCAGGACACCAACGAAUACUUAUGCAUCGUCUACAACAAAAACAAGGUCCUGAAGGAGAAACGAGUGGUGCUGAAGGUCAAAGUCCAACAGGUGGAGGGGGAUUCAGGGAAGGAGUCUGUCCCGCUGCCCAUGAAAACCACAUUACAUAUAGAGGACGUCAGUCAGGUCACAGUGGAGUGGACGGACAAUAGGAACAGGAAGGUCCAUGUGUAUGAGGACGGCUCUGACAGAACUAAUGAACAGGACGAUGAAUACACAAACAGAACAGAGAUGAAAGAAGACCCACUGAGAACUGGAGACCUCAGUCUGACCCUGAAACACCCCACAGACCAGGACACUGGCAUCUACACCUGCACCGUCUACAACAGAGACAAGCAGAUCCUGAGGAGGAAACAAGUGGAUCUGAAGGUCAAAGGUCAACAGGUGGAGGUGGAAGAUGGGGCGUGGUCGGCCCUACUGCCCUUCAGAACGACCCCUGACCUGCCUCAGGACGCCACAGUGGUGUGGAUGCGCUAUACUAAUGACCGGGAAUACAUACUUGUCCAUGUGUAUGAGAAGUACGCUCAACUUAAUCAACAGGACAAUAGAUACAAAGACAGAACAAAGAUGAAUGAAGACCCAUGGACGACUGGAGACUUCAGUCUGACCCUGAAUGACCUCCAACAGGACGACUCUGGAAGAUAUGGAUGUGCAGUCAUUAGAGAUGGAGUCACCCUGAGACUGAAAACAGUGGACCUGAAGGUCAAAGCCCAACAGGUGGAGGUGGAGGUGUCUUCAGGGGUGGGGUCUGUCCUGCUGCCAUUUAAAACCACAUUACAUAUAGAGGAUGUCAGUCAGGUCACAGUGGAGUGGACGGCCUGUUGUGACAAGAAGGUCCACAUGUAUGAGGACGGCUCUGACAGAACUAAUGAACAGGACGAUGAAUACACAAACAGAACAGAGAUGAAAGAAGACCCACUGAGAACUGGAGACCUCAGUCUGACCCUGAAACACCCCACAGACCAGGACACCCACAUCUACACCUGCAUCGUCUACAACAGAGACAACCAGAUCCUGAGGAGGAAACGAGUGUAUCUGUGGGUCAUAGGUCAACAGGUGGAGGUGGAGGAGGGGGCAAGCUCUGCUCUGCUGCCCUUCAGAACGACCCCUGACCUGCCUCAGGACGCCACAGUGGUGUGGUUGUACUGUACCGAUGACCGGAACUUCAUACCUGUCCAUAUGUAUAGGAAGUCAGCCCUACUUGGUCAACAGGACGAUAGAUACAAAAACAGAACAAAGAUGAAUGAAGACCCAUGGAAGACUGGAGACUUGAGUCUGACCCUGAAUGACCUCCAACAGGACGACUUUGGAAGAUAUGAAUGUGAAGUCGUCAGAGGUCGAGUCCCCCUGAGAAGGAAAGUAUUGGACCUGAAGGUCAAAGUUCAGUGUUCAGAUGCAGGUCAGAGGUCAUUUGUGUCUCCGUCCUCUGUCUCCUCUGCAGACAGAUCUCAGAUCACAUAUCAGUUUCCUCCAAUAAGAGAAGAUGAAGCUGAAGCAGCUGUUUGAUAGAUCUGUUGUGUAUGUGUUUCCAUUUAUUAAGUCAAACCUAAACUGGGUCUUGAUCUUAUUCCUCUUGAAUAUAUGAAACAGGUAAAUACAAUAGAAAUACACACUUCAAACCACUUAAACUAUGCUUUUAGACUCUUCAUUAUUGUAUUUCUAGUGUUUGUUGUUCUGUGAUGACACAUUUUUCACAGCAGUAGUCUGUCCUCCAAACCAAAGAAAAUCUAAACAAUCAAAUCAAAACCACUGCAGCAAAAUCUGACAAAUGAACACUGUCAAAGAGGAUGGAUUUUCCAACUGGAGGAUGAUGUGAAACCUGUCUGUAAAUCCACCAUGGACGACCUCAGAGACUCCAGCUGAAGGUUUGGAACGGACCUCACAGUCCCAGACUUGAGCAUCAUUGAACAUGUGUGGGUAGGUCUGUCAUGGGGGGGUGGGAUUUAAUGUGACCAAAGCUUCAGUUGUAUUUAGUUGUAGUUGGAGUCCGUUUGGUUUUGCCCUUGUUUGUUUAAUGGUUUGGCCAAACCUCUACAUAUGCUCCCACUGUGUCUCAUUUUGUUGGGUCAGGUUUUUUUUUAGUUUGUUUGAUGCGUCAGUUCUUGUUCUCAGCCUUAGUUGCUAUUAUUUUUGUGUACAGUUCUGUUAUGUGGACCUCUUUUAUAUACUUAAUUGUUAAAACUAUCAUUUGUAAUCAUUUCUUGGAUCAUUUUGGGUGAAUAAAAACCCACAGCUGUC